ACAGAACUCCUCCUGGCACAAGUACCUUUAACUGUGUCGCCAUUCGUUAACCUGCCAGUUGCUACAACACUGCCAUACACGUAUAAAAAACUACCAUCGACCCUGCCGCCAUCCUCAGCCGGCAUAGCUCUGGGGUCUGAAAAGAAACAGCAUGCUGUCUCAGCUUCAGGACAUGCAGUAAAUCCAACUGAAAUUCUAGAAUCUUGUAAAGCUCUAAAGACCUACGUGCAAAAAGUUAAGGAUGAUGCAGAUAGCGAGCUCAAAUCGUGGGAAGAUGGAAUUGCCGCAAGAGAUUUGGCUGAAAAGAGAAGAGUGGCCCCCGGUUGGCUUGAUAGUGAAGCUCGCAUUUUGCAUCCUGAAAGGCCUAAGCAAGAACUAAUGGAUAUGGGACAAAUAUCUAAGGAUUCAGAUCAACACGGUAGGCCAAAAAGUGAGCCACCGUCUCAAGAGGCAAAUGAACUCGACAGGGCAUUUGGUGGGCUGGACAUUCAUAAUUAA